AUGAUGUCCAAUGUCGGCAACGCCCAAGUCUACGAAAGCAACGAACAGAGAACUGGCAAAUACGAUACCCAGGAGCAUCCCGCUCCAUAUGAAGCCGGCCAACCGAACGCGCACGAUCAGCUAGACUCGCGUGAUAAUCGCAGCCUUCAUCAAACCGCUGCGCAAGCAGAAAAGCAGUUGGCGCGAGACCAGAGCAACCCUGAUAGUGCAAUUCGUCCCGCUGAGAUGCACGGCAACAAGCCAUCGCGGGGUGCUCAAGUGGAUAAAGAAAUUAUGGAAGAUGAACAAGAGGAGUUGAGACAGAAGGGCCGCGCGUGA